UCACCGCUAAUUAUCAAUGGCGUGAUGACGCGACGCCGUACUAUAAAUGGCGGGCAAAGAAACAGCUGUUUAUGUCACCGCUGGCUCGACAUCUAGCGGACCGCGGGCGCGAUCGGGCACGCGACGGCGACGAUGUCGACGUAGAGUACAUCGUGGCGAGGAGACGCGUAGACGAGGAAUAAGAAGGAGAAUCGAGACGGUAGUGCUCGCUGGUGAAUCGUCCAGGAGGAACAUGGCCGCCGGCUGCUGUGGCGCGAAGAAGCAGAGGCUGGGCGGCAGCGGCGUAGCGCCGAGCCUGUCAUCGUGCGACGGCACUGUCAUACGGCACGGCGCGCCUCAUCCGAGGAAGCCGACGACGAUCGCCCAACCGGAAAUGGGCUUCUUCUGCUUCGACGUACUCUAUUGCCAAUUGCAUCAAUUGGAUCCGCCGAAGGCGCCCAACUUCAGCAACGAGGCCUUCCCAUUGUUUGUGACAUGGACAAUAGGAAAAGAUAUGAGAUUACGGGGUUGUAUCGGUACUUUUAAUGCGAUGCAUUUACACGCUGGUCUACGCGAAUAUGCUGCAACUAGCGCAUUCAAAGACUCUCGAUUUAAUCCCAUAUCUCAAGACGAGCUGCCACGUUUGCACGUAAGCGUGUCGAUUUUGCGGCACUUUGAGGACGGAAUUGAUUAUUUAGAUUGGCAAGUGGGCGUGCAUGGAAUUCGCAUAGAGUUUCACAAUGAGAAGGGUAAUAAGCGAACGGCUACUUAUUUGCCUAAUGUAGCUAUGGAGCAAGGAUGGGACCAGAUACAAACAAUAGAUUCUUUGCUACACAAGGGUGGCUUCAAAGGUCUAGUCACACCUGAUAUCCGUCGUAGCCUGAAAUUGACUCGUUAUCAGAGUGAAGAAGUCACCGUAAGCUAUCAAGAUUACAUGACACAUUGUCACAAUCGAAGAUGCUAGCAGAUCGCCUGGGGUCCUAGCCAAGGGCCCCCGCUUCAACGAUACACUGAAGCUCGCUAUAACAACGCCCAUACAGUCAAUUCGUCACAUUCGCAAAAUGAUAACAUUCGAUAUAAUUCCUUCGCAUCCGGUCGGCAGCAGUCGCAGAUCGUGACACAGCCUAAUCGUUCGACGUUUAUACAUCCGUUACCCCUGCCCCCAAUUUCCCCAGUUAUAGUACCGAUACGCAAUAAUCCACCCUUCUGGUGGGAUAACGCAGGUCCGUCCUAUCCGCCUGCGCCACUUUAUCCUCGACCACCAUAUCGUUUUUCGACGCAGGAAAACACGGAACGUGGGGUACGUAAACGAAAAUGACACUGGAAGCGGUUGUUCCUCGCAAUUUUCCACUGUUUAAAGUGGUGCGUAUUUUUGUGUCUCAGUAUACACAGCCUCCCGUUUAUGAUACCGCAUGCUCCGUCAUGAGGAUAAUAACUUCAUAUAUGAUGGCACCGCCUAAUUAUUGAUUGUUGUGUUGAUGUUUGAAUUAUGAGUAAUCGCGAUAUUUAUCACACACAUAUAUAUAGUGUUUGAUAUUUACAAUUUGAUUAAAAAUUGAAUUUAUAUACACACACAUUGUUUCAAAUAUUUUUAAAUGUUAUAUUAAAAUCAUUCUUAAAAUUCGUCGAUUUUGGAAAUUUAUUGAUAAGUAAACAACAAAAAUGCUUAUUUAUAUCUAUUGAUUAAUUUUAUUUUUUCAUAAAUAUAUAUAUUUUUUUUCAAUUUUUUUUUAUAAAGCAAUUCACGCUAUCAGCAUAUUAUAAAGAAUCUGUGUAUGUACUUGUUGUACUUGCAUUUGUUUCGAUAUAAUACUUUACGAAUAUAAGAAUGAUAAUGAGCACUAUGUAUAGGACAGUGAGUAUGCUUAAAAUUCACUGCCUGCUUCACAAGAUUUAAUGUACAAAUUGAGAUAUUGGAAUUAUUCCAUUUUUGUAUAAUAUGUAAAACAUAAAAUAUUCUUAGACAUAUAUCAAGUGAAAAUUGAAGAAAAAUUUAAAGUUUUUGAUAGAAAUGUAGUUUCUCUCUGUUUUAAUAUAUCUCUCGCUAAAAUAUAUAUUUUAUUCGAAUUACAGAGCGUGAAAUUUUUUACAGCGCGCGAUAGAAAGAUUUUCGCCUUAUUAUAAAUAUAUCAACUAUAUAUUUAAUUACAUAAAACAAUAAAUUUGAUAAAAAAAGCGACAUCAAUCAUCUGUAAUUGAUGAUUUAAUUAGUCAAAUUUUAAAAGAAGCAAAUAUAUAUAAUAUAGUAGAAAAUAUGUAUAAAUAAAUAUUAAAAAUAUUAAAUAUAAGUUAGAUAUAAGUAAAAAUAUAAAGAUCUCAUUGUGAGUUUAAGAUUAAAUGUUUCUUCGAUUGAUAAAUAAUAAUU